AGUAUUUUACUGUCCGAUGUGGAAAAACGCGCUGUCAAAAAAAAUUUCAACCAGCGACAAGGUUUGUAAAUAAUUAUAUUUAGCUUGGGUGACGGUUAUUAAAUACUAAGACAAGGUUUAGUGUUAGGUUUAAAGAUUUAUAAGCACCGUUUUAUGAUGUGGUGACAAAAAUAGACCGAUUUCGACGUCGUUCAGGAACCAUAGAUGGCAAUCGUUGCGAUGGAGUCACCAGCAGCGACCUGUUGUUGAAAUAGAGAAAAAAAAAAUACACCUUAGCUUAAAUGAAAGGUGCGUAGGUUAACCGGUCUAGAAAAUGAAGAAACGUGAAAAGAAAAGCGCCUUUCACCGGCAAAUAAAUAAGCCCGUCAGCUUUUACUAACCGUGUUUUCUUGGCCAGUGACAGCUAAUCUCGCUAACCUCAUUAGCCGAGGUGUUGUUUACCAUCAUGGACAGGGAGGCGUACCGAAAUUGCUGUAGUCUGGUCAAAAUUACAAGGCAGUCGUAUGAGCAGUUUUGGUCCUCGCAUUUUGUUGACUACAUCGAUAAGGAGCUGAGCUAUUCUAAAUUUUUUAAAAAGUACUUGCUUCCGAAUCAUCCUUGUAUGUUUUCAAGGAGGUUUACUGAAGACUAAUGCAGAAAACAAUGGGUGACCGAGGAGGGCAAGCCAAAUUUCCAGAAACUGCUUUCAGAAUUGGUAAAUCACCUUUAUGAGACGCCUGUUCCCGUUGCAAACUGCAAUGCCAAGGAGUACAAUGCAAACCCUAAACAAGUAAUGCCUUUCAAAGAAUUUAUCCACUACUGGAAAGAAUACAUUCAGAAUGGACACUCAUCACCUAAAGGAUGCCUCUAUCUUAAAGACUGGCACAUGGCAAGGGACUUCCCAGAACACAAUGUUUACUCCACACCAGUCUUCUUCACCUCUGACUGGCUUAAUGAAUACUGGGAUACACUUGAAGUAGAUGAUUACCGGUUUGUCUACAUGGGACCCAAAGGCUCAUGGACCCCAUUCCAUGCAGAUGUGUUCCGCUCCUACAGCUGGUCCGCAAACAUUUGUGGCAGGAAGAAAUGGCUCCUUUAUCCCCCAGGUCAGGAAGAGUUUUUACGAGACACCCAUGGCAACCUUGCUUAUGAUGUAACGUCAUCUGAACUUCGGGACAGAGGUCUUUACCCACACUCUGAGGAAGCCUGUCAACCCCUUGAAAUUAUUCAGGAGGCAGGUGAAAUCAUUUUUGUGCCAAGUGGCUGGCACCAUCAAGUUUAUAAUCUGGAGGACACUAUCUCUAUUAAUCAUAAUUGGCUGAAUGGCUGCAACAUUGAUAUCAUGUGGCAGUUCCUUCAGAAUGAGCUUUCUUCGGUGCAGAAAGAGAUAGAUGAGUGGAGAAACACCAUGGACUCGUGGCAUCAGCACUGUCAGGUCAUCAUGAAGGCCUGCUCAGGUAUUGAUUAUGGGGAAUUUGCGUCAUUCCUGAAAAUUAUUGCAGACAACCGAAUGGCUUUCCUGAACGCUUGCUCUUCUGGAGAUUCAUCAGAAUACCCACGACAUCUCUCAGAGACCCUCACCACCCUUGGACCUUAUCAUGCAGCUUUUGACCUACAAAGAGUAGCUCAUACUAUUGAGUGUUUGCUCUGUAAUGAAGACUUUAAGCGGCUCGAUCAUUCAACACUGACUUUGCAGCCUGAAACCAUGUUACAGCAAAUUCGAGACACCAUACAAUCCACAAGAGGGCAGCAUCUCCUUUAUCAGGAGUAAAAUGAUCUGUGGUGUGUUAACAAUGUCAUAAUCACCUGGACAUAGCUUGAAUGAAAAGUGCCAAUGUGUAAAGUGUAAUGUGAGAAUGACGACAGAGGUGCUACUACACCUAUGACAGUUUGAGAUGUAUUUCAAACUGAAAUAUGGCUUGUGAAUGUUUGGAGUCGUCUUUGCACUGAC